UCAAAAACAAAUAGGCCUAUAAAUAAGUUCAACUUUGAUCUAAGGUGUUCUCUUGAUGUAAAGUUCUACAAUUUAUUCGAAUAGUUGGAUUAGCUACAGAAUAAUCAUAAAACAGGCCUAUGUACUCAGGGGGUGCGUGGAUUUUUUUUGUCGUUGUUAAAGGAGCCCUUUGCUGCAAAAAGUUUGAGAACCUCUGUAUUAGAGGAUUACAAGUACAUGGUAAUCCCCCCCCAAUUAAAAAAAAAAGAAGGAAAAAAAAGUCAUUGCAAGGCUUUCGGCCUACAAGCAGUACUGCGGAUUUGUAUACAUUAGACAAUGAAUUCGACACAUUGGUGACAAGUAGGCUACACAAUUUCACUUAAAUAUACGUAAAGGUAAGGUAAGGUAUUUGUAGGUAUCCCAGGUGUCCUCGCACAGUUUUUUUUUCCAACCAAACACAUAAACACAGAUCAGCAUUUUCAUAUACUCUACAGCGCUUUAUUUACAGCUGAACGUCACCGCGACAUGACGUGGCGCGUGUACUCGACUAAUAACAGGCGGCCCUUUAACCCAGCGCGAGCACGUGAAUAAUAAAAAAAAAAAAUGCGCGCGGCCGUUUACCGGGUAGCGAUGGGAGCACGAGGAAAAGAAACCCAGUCGAAACCGAGCAGCAGAUGAUGCGGUGGAUAUAAAGCUGGGCUCCAUGAGUGCUAUGAGUGACUCUUUGGAUGAGCUAGACACUCCAGGCAGCCUCGGCGAGAAAGCAGCCAUAUUUCAUGAAGGGAAGGGCAAUGUAAGAACACUCAGUGGCGGCGACCAUGCCCUAAUCGCUCUACACUCGCCCUACCAGCUGCCCAGUGCCGUGCACAACAGGACCGCCACCGCAGCAGCAGCUCUCUGCAGAGGGAAUAGGAAAUGUCGACAGGGGGAGGAGAUGCAGAUGAAUAUGGUCCAAAACCCCUUCCCAGACCUUUUUCCCUCCGAGUGUUUAUUACCCUGGACCAAAAACAGCGCAACUCAGCAGCCUGCUGAAGAGAGCAGUAUGAAUUUCCAAGCCAGACGAGUCACGCUGCCUGCCAUCACUCCACUUUGCCUGCAGAAGCGGGUGAUCAAGGUAUACAGUGAGGACAACAGCAGUCGAGCCGUGGAGGUCCCUAGUGACAUCACUGCCCGGGAUAUCUGCCAGCUGUUCAUUCUGAAGAACCACUGCAUCGAUGACCACAGCUGGACGUUGAUUGAGCACCUUGCUCAUCUGGGUAUUGAAAGAAUCAUAGAAGACCAUGAAUCAGUUCUGGAAGUGCAGUCUAACUGGGGCAUGGACUCAGACAGCCGCCUGUAUUUCAGGAAGAAUUAUGCCAAAUAUGAAUUCUUCAAGAAACCUCUGGAUUUUUUCCCAGAAAGCAUGGUGUCUAUAUCAAGUGAAGCCAAUGGCCUCAUGAACCACUCACAGCUUAUCCAGACAUUUCUCAACUCCAGCACAUGUCCUGAGAUCCACGGCUUCCUUUACUCGAAAGAGCAAGGCAGGAAGUCCUGGAAGAAGUUCUAUUUUGUUUUGAGAAGGUCUGGACUGUAUUUUUCCAAUAAGGGCACAUCAAAGGAACCCAGACAUCUGCAGUUUGUUGCAGAGUUUUGUGACAGUGAUGUCUACACUUUGUUAUCAGCCAGAAAAACACACGGCGCUCCCACAGACUACGGAUUCUGUAUAAAGCCGAGUAAGUCAAGCUCAGCUCGGGACCUCAAACUGUUGUGUGCGGAUGUUGAGCAGACCAGAACCUGCUGGAUCACGGCUAUGCGCUUCUUCAAGUUUGGGAUGCAGCUGUACCAAAACUUCAUCCAGCCUCAUCAGAAGCAGAAAAGCUCUCCAAUGAGAAGCAUUUCAGAGAACUCUCUCGUAGCCAUGGAUUUCUCAGGGCAGAGGAGCCGUGUGAUUGAUAACCCAUCAGAGGCUCUGUCAGUGGCUGUGGAGGAAGGUCUAUCAUGGAGGAGGAAGAGCUGCCAUCGACUCAGCCACGGAAGCUGCUCGCCUUCCCAAAGCUCCCUGUCCAACAUAGCAAUCCACAUGGCUCAGCCGUGGUUCCACAGCAAACUGUCUAGAGAUGAGGCUCACAAACUGAUCACCCAGCAUGGCCUCAUCGAUGGAGUGUUCCUCUUAAGGGACAGCCAAAGCAACCCCAAGACCUUCGUCCUGUCCCUGUGUCAUGCACAGAGAAUCAGACACUUUCAGAUAGUCCCUGUUGAGGAUGAUGGGGAGCUCUUCUACAGCCUGGACGACGGAAACACACGCUUCAGUGAUCUGCUUCAGCUAGUGGAGUUUUACCAGCUAAACCGUGGAGUGUUGCCCUGCAAGCUCAAACACCACUGUGCCCGAACCACCCUGUGAACUCACCCCAAAACCCCUGUCCAAUCACCCUUUGACCUGUCAGUUUGUUUUAUGGAUUUCCUCAAAACCUUCUACUCCAAACCCAAAAUCACCCUGCUCCAAACCCAGACUCAUAAAACCUGUCCCCUGUCCCUCUACCAACCCUGAUGUUCACCUCUGACCUCUUUGAGCUCCAUCACACGACCACACACAUUCACAGGGUGACUUUGGACAAAUCGCCAGCGCAGCUCGUGCCUUGGACGGGAAACUCAAAUGGACUCUUCCUGUCUAGUUUCAAUGUUCACUCCCUAUGUGAAAUUAUGAUCAUAAGCUGUGGGGUGCUGCAGGAUCAAACAGACUUUAGUACAGUUGAGAAAGGACUUGUUAAGUGCUGAUGAGUGUAUGAGAGUCCACUCUGAGACUGUGUUUUAUAAUAAGGCAGGAUUGAUAGCGCUUUAUUAUGAAGGUUUUGGUUGAUGUUCUGUACAAAAGUGUAGACAUUGCAGCUUGAAUGAUUCGUAUUUGAAGCUUUCGAAUUCUGAGGUGAUGGGAGAAGCUAAAGUAGCAAACUGUCAGUCAGAGCUCUGCUCUGAGGGCUGACAACCUGUGUGUCCAUAUCAUGUGAACGGAAUAGACAGACAUGGUACAGCCAUAAUCACAUGUGCACAAUAAGCUGAAACUGUUGGUUUUGCCAGCAGGAAGAGGGCCUUUGGGGGAUCUGGACACCCUCCUUUGAGCUUUUGGGUAAAAUGUUAAAAUGUCUCCUUCUUUAACUCAUGUGACAAAAUAAUUCAGGUAUUUUAUAAAAAAUGUGAUAUGUGUAGUUUGUUUGAAAGGUGAGACUUUGUGCAUGCUGUAGGCUACAUUCUGUCCAAAUGCAUUGGGUUGUGUUAGCAUGAUGAGGCAGCUAUUGAUGCUGCUUCACACACUCCAAGCAAACAUACACACUUCCUUUUGGUCUUUGUUCUACCAAAACAUGGAAUGUACAUACACAGACACAUACACUACACAUUGACCAUAAAAAACAUACAUAUGAACAUAUACACACACGGCACCAUAGAGUGAUGCUGGAUCACACUAUAAGUGGCUUACAUGCUUAACAUUUAAACUAGGACAGAAUGUGUGAACUUGCUUGUUAUUAAUAAUUGAACAAAUCAAAUUUUAUAUUGAAAUGCAUAUUUUACAGAUACUUGUUAAGAUUCAGGUUCACAUGUGUUUACCACCUGAAGUGGUAAGUUUCUGUUUUACAGAACAGUGAAGAUGACCACUACAAUCAUUGUCUGGCGAUGUGCUGUUUCUUCAGGUUAUGAGAUUUCACCCUCAAACCUUCCCUUAACAAAACAAAAGCUAUUAGUGAUUGCAAAUCACACAUGACUAACAUGUUGUACUGUAAAAACAAAACAAAAAACAAAAACAAAAAAAAAUCUAAAUAAAGAACACUUGAUAAAAAGUUUUAAUACUGUAAGGAAAUUAAUGCAUUUGAGUUAAAAGCCAGGAAAAUCUUUCUUUGUUAGGUCUUGAUUUCUUUCUUAUGAAUGAAAACCAUGCUUAUAUCUUAGGUUGCAAUUCUUUUUUCCUUCUUUUUUUUAAAAAGAAAAGUAAACAACUUUUCUGUCUGUGGGUACUACUUGAGUCACGUUUUGUAAACUUUAGUAUGCAAAAUGAACCGACCCCGAAUGAUAAAUUGUUUUAUAUUCAUGGAUAAAAGAAAAUGUAUUUACAAAGGUCACCAAGGUAUUUGCACUGAAGUUGAAACACUGGUAACGUUUCAUUUUCAAUGCUGAGAGAUAACUGUGACUUUUAAAUCCUUUUGGCAAGGAGUAGAUUUAUUUCCAUGCUACUGCUGAGAAAUGCUCUGCUCUUUUGAUACAGGCCCUGACAGUGUAGUGUAUAAAUGUUUAUAUAUGUCUAAUAUAAAACUAGCUUUGUUCA